AAGCGCCAAACACCUCCCAACUCAUCACUUCCUCCUAAAGCCCCUUUCUAUUUCUGAAAGGCAGAUAAAACUGAAUAUUUCCCCAAUAAUUUCCAAAACCCUAAAAUUCUUGAUUUGAAUUUUGUUGCUCUAGAUAAUUUUACCCGAUUUCCUCAAAAAUUAUUGUGAGAAAUGAAAGGAGGAACAGUUCAGAUCAAUUGGCACGACACUAAGCCGGUUCUAACCCUAGAUUUUCACCCUUUUUCUGGUCUUCUCGCUACCGGCGGCGCUGAUUUCGAUAUUAAGAUAUGGAAAGUGGAAUCGGAAGCAGCACAAAAGAAAAUUCCGACAGCUUCCUAUCAAACUAGUCUUUCUUAUCAUAGCUCUGCAGUGAAUGUUCUCAAAUUCUCUCCUUCGGGAGAGUUAAUUGCUUCAGGUGCAGAUGGAGGUGAACUUAUUUUAUGGAAGUCUCACCUAACAGAUGCCGGUCAAGUUUGGAAAGUUCUCAAGACGUUUUCAUUUCAUAGAAAGGAUGUACUGGAUCUGCAGUGGUCCAGGAAUGGAGCUUAUAUAAUCUCCGGAUCUGUUGAUAAUUCCUGCAUCAUAUGGGAUGUUGAGAAAGGUUCUGUCCAUCAGAUCUUAGAUGCACAUCUCCAUUAUGUUCAGGGGGUGGCAUGGGACCCAUUGUCCAAGUAUGUUGCAUCACUUAGUUCUGACAGAACAUGUAGAAUUUAUGUUAACAAGCCUCAGAAAGCAAAGGGAGUAGAGAGGAUGAAUUAUGCUUGUCAGCAUGUGAUCGUAAAGACAGAACAGCAAUCUGCAGAUGAUACCAAGGGCUUGAAGAAUCAUCUCUUUCAUGAUGAGACAUUGCCAUCAUUCUUCCGAAGAUUAGCCUGGUCACCUGAUGGCUCAUUUUUAGUAGUACCUGCUGGUUUGUACAAAAGUUCGCCUGAAUCUGAAUCUAUUAACACUGCUUACAUAUUUUCCAGAAAAGAUCUUUCAAGACCUGCUUUGCAGCUUCCCGGUGCCAGCAAGCCUGUGGUGGCAGUGCAUUUCUGCCCUUUGGCUUUUAGUCUCCGUGGAUCAAACUCAGCUGGGUUCUUUAAGCUUCCAUAUCGGCUCAUUUUUGCUGUAGCAACUCUGAAUUCAGUGUACAUUUAUGACACAGAAAGUGUUGCCCCUCUGGCAGUCUUGGCUGGUCUCCAUUAUGCAGCCAUAACGGAUAUAGCAUGGUCACCAGAUGGCAAGUAUUUAGCAAUAUCUUCACAAGAUGGAUACUGCACAUUGGUAGAAUUUCAGAGUGACGAACUGGGAUCACCUAUCCCUUUUCCAGAUGGAAAGACAGCUAAUAGUCAUGCUGGUGAGACUCCUAGUCAAAAGAAGCCUGAAGAAAUGAUGGUCAAAGCACCCGUAAAAAUUAGCCCUGUUAUAGAGAAAAAUCGAAUCGAUAACAACAAACAAGCAUCACCAGCGGCGAUAAGCACCCCUGUUUCUAGCAAGCCAGCUAAGAGGCGUAUUACUCCCAUGGCAAUCGAUCCUUAAACUUCAUAGUUUUCUUUGUAAAGUUGAUGCUGUAAUCAUCUCUCGGCUUCCAUUGUCUGAGGUAUGGAUUUUCUUCCUCAUUUUGUAUAGCGGGUCUUGAAAGGAAUCAAGCAUGGGUGUAAUAAAAAUAGUGGGUCCAUAUAUCAGCUAAAAUUGAAAGUGACCAUGAGAUGAUGCUAAUAUAUACGAAGUAAUUGUUUUUCAACUCCGCGUUCUAAAGUUUGAUCAUAUUGUAUCUUCCAUGUAGCUGGUUCUUUUUUAUCAGUUGGUAUUAGACAAGGCAAACACGGACUUCAUCUUUAACUGCUGAUAUUGGGAUGUUGGUUUUAUUUGAGCUGGAGUAUAGUUUAUUAGCCAUGAUUACUGGGAGGUACUUUUUUUUUUUGGAGACCUCUCAAUGUCAAAUGGUGAAUUCCGCAUGUUGCAAUUUGUAUUUAAUAUUAGAUCUUAUUGGUACAAUUUUCAAAUUUUGUAAUUCAGUUGAAAUAAAAAAAAGCAUUCUGAACUUUAUUUUGUAACAAUUUUGUAACAAUCAGCAAACAUUAAAGCAAUAUUGAAAUAUACUUGUUUCACUCA